AUGGACGACUAUCAUAUUACGAAGGAAUUGGGGGACGGUUCCUUUGGCACUGUCACGCAAGCACAGCACAAGCAAACGGGAAAAGUGGGUAGAGACCUUAUGUUAGCUUUGGUUCAUAGGAUUGAGCAGAUCAAAACUUUUACAAACGUUGCCAUUAAAAAAAUGAAAAAGGAAUUUUCUUCUUGGGAAAAAGUGUGCGAACUGCGUGAAUUCAAGGCACUCAGAUCUUUACCACCACAUCCAAACGUUAUAGCACUUUUAGAAGCAUUUUAUAUACAGCAGACACGAGAAUUAUAUUUUGUGUUCGAGUAUAUGGAAAUAAAUCUUUAUCAAUUUAUUAAAGACAGGAAAGGGAAAUUAUUGAAAGAACGUACCGUGCAAUCAAUCAUAUUUCAAAUACUUAAGGGUCUUCAUCAUAUUCAUUCACAUGGAAUAUUUCAUCGUGAUAUGAAACCUGAGAACAUUUUGAUUUCGACUAAAAAAAAGACAAUUUGCAAUUGUACAAAUAGAUCCGAUUCAAUCUGUAAUUCUAAACAAUGUCAAAAUGCACCUUGGAUAGAGCAUAUUAAAACCAUUCAAGAUAUAAAUAAAAGUGAGGAUUCCGAUAAUUAUAUAGUAAAAGUAGGUGAUUUUGGGUUAGCGAGAGAUAUAAAGUCGAAGCCACCUUAUACUGAAUAUGUAAGCACGAGAUGGUAUCGAGCUCCAGAAGUCCUCCUUCGCUCCAAUACAUAUUCUUCUCCAAUAGAUUUAUGGGCAGUGGGCACUAUCAUGGCAGAACUAUUUUCUUUAAAACCAUUAUUCCCUGGACAAAGCGAAAUUGACCAAUUAUUCAAGAUUUCUGAAAUAUUGGGUAGUCCUUGCAUUCGACCAGAACUUUCAGAUGGUGCUGGAGGAGGAGAAUGGAAAGAUGGCGUAAAAUUGGCAAAAUCUUUGGGAUUUGCUUUUUCUCAGACUACGCCUAAGCCAUUAUCUAAACUAUUUCCUCAGUCAACUUCGUCCCGCUUCCUUGAAUUUAUCUCCCAUCUUUUACGAUAUGAUCCAAGACAACGCCUCACAGCAUUGGAUGCUCUUAAGCAUCCUUAUUUCGUUGAAAGUAACUUCAUAUUUGUGCCACAACAUGAACCUGAGGAUAUUAAAACCAUUGGCAUGGAGAAAAAGCGCAAGAACGGUAAUUUCUUGCCAUUUAAAAAAAACGGUGGGAAUUUAAUUCCAGGGGAUAAUAAAUCUAACAAUAUAUAUUCUUGGAGCAAGGCAAAAGAUACACAAAUAUACGAUGCUAACGAGUCAUAUACGAGUGUCAACCCCACAACUGUUAAUUGCGGGUCACCUAUAUCUAUUGAUUUGCGAAGAUUUCAACUUCCGGAUGAC